GUACACAUCCAGCACUCGUCAGAUGAUCCUGAUCCACUGCAGUCAGAGAUGAAGAAAAGACAAGCACAGUAAUGGACUUUUUAAACUGAGAAAGAAAGUUUGAAGACUAAGGGAAAUCCACAAUGAACUUUAUUGCUCUGCUACUGACCUCAGCCUGUUUCUUCUCUUGUAUUACCGCAAAAUACCACCAUAAUCAAGACAAUGGCAAAGAGUUAAAAUACCUGCUGGAUCCUCUGGUGUUUGCUGAAGUCUCUGCUCGUCGUGGACACGCAGCCAUUUUGCCCUGUGUGAUGAGAUUCAAACCACCACAUUACAGAGUGAAGUGGACUAAACUCGAGCCCUCUUCUCGUGGAGUGGAGAACAUAGUGCUCAUCACAAACGGUCAUGCAGAUAAGCAGUACGGCUCUGUGGGGCCUCGAGCGGCCCUCCAGCGAGCUCAUGAUCUGGACGUUUCUCUGCGACUCUCUGACCUGGAGCUGGAAGAUGACGGCAGUUACCGUUGUGAACUUAUCAACGGCAUCGAGGACGAAAGUGUCAUUAUUACUCUGAGGAUUGAGGGGGUUGUAUUUCCUUAUCAGAGUCAAAAAGGACGGUACAGAUUUACAUUCUUUGAUGCUAAUGAAGCUUGUGCUGAACAGGAUGCAACCCUUGCCACCUACAAGCAGCUUUACAGGGCCUGGACUGAAGGGUUGGACUGGUGUAAUGCUGGAUGGCUGAUUGAUGGGACGGUCAGUUACCCUGUCUUGCACCCACGGCCAGCUUGUGGAGGGGAUCUUCUGUCAGGCAUCAGGAGCUAUGGGCCUCGUCACAAAACACGGGACAACUAUGAUGCUUUCUGCUUCACCUCCACCACUAAAGGCUCUGUAUUCUUCAUUGAGGGGCAGCUGAAUUUUGCAGAGGCUGAACGAGCCUGCAGACGGGACGGUGCUGGACUAGCAAAGACUGGUCAGAUCUACUCAUCCUGGAGGUUUCAGCAGCUGGACCGCUGUGAUGGAGGCUGGUUGGAGGAUGGCAGCGUACGAUUCCCUAUUGUUAACCCAAGAGAGCACUGUGGAGGGAUUGCAGAACCAGGGGUUCGUAGCUUUGGGUUUCCUAGCAAAAGCAUGCGUCUCUAUGGGGCUUACUGCUAUAGGUAACUGCUCCAGGUUUUGGUAGCAGGUAAUGAUUUGCUACAUGUUGAUUGUACUUGAACGACAAAUUAAAAUUUGUAGAAUGUAUCCUCAGUUUCUGCAGAAUUUCACAGUAUGAGCACCAGAGGCUUUCUGCAGUGUUUAUUUUCAGGAAAAUGUACCAUAUGGUUAGCUUAUAUGCUAUCUAGCAUUUAUAUCAUUCUGGAUUAUACAGUAUAUCCGGCCAUUGAUUUAAGCGAAGUUAGAUAAACUAAUUUCAAUAGGAGCAAGUGAUAUGAUUGAUCGCGGCUGGUCUCUCACCCGCAAUCAUCGAUAAACCAAUCAGAUGAAUCCAAACCUACAAUAAAUAGCCCAUUUCACGUAACUUCCAUUAUCUUCGUUUCCCCCAUCCACCCCAUGUCCUUUUCCUCCUUUACCAGGUGGAGCUCUUGGGAACUACCUGAUCUUGGACCCUCUAACAUGCUAACUCAAUUAUCUCUGAGCUCAGGGUUCUCUCCUGGGACAGCAUGCCAAACCUGCUAUUUGUAUCAAGCAAUAUCUAAGUGUGAACUCUUGAAAAGCAGAAAAGAUUGAAUCCUUGAGGAUAAACCUUCAGAUAUAGAUUGGAACAGAGAAAUAAAUUAGUCCUGUUUGAAUAGCUGUUAGCUUGAAAUGCUAACUCUUUUAGC